AGAUGUGUGUGUGCGUGUGUGUAUGUGUUGCGUAGAGUAUGGUGUAUUGUCGACAGGUUAGUUGCGUAAUGCCGGCGGACGAAAACGGGUUGUUGCCGGAAAUGUAGACAUACACAUUGUUGAAGCUGAAGUGUUUGUGUGAAGGUGGCUGUUGUUAGAGAUUCCAAUGCAUGUUUUAGUAACAGAAGUCCAUCGGUCCUCAGCUAUUCCGUCAUGCUUCUGCAAUCAGUGAACACAAGUUUUUCCUUUUUUAUAAGCUGCAUAGUGUUCUUAUUCGGUGUUUCGCGAGUUACCGGCGUAGGAGAGGUGAUAUAUGCUAUUAACGCAGGCGGCGAAUCGCACACAGACAGUUUGGGGGUAAGAUAUGAAAGGGAUCCUCUCCACGGAAAGGUGGGAACAGCAUCUGACUAUGGAAAGCAACUUAUAAUAGGAAGGGUACCGCCUACGGAUCAGCUGUUGUAUCAGACGGAACGGUAUCAUCAUAGCACUUUUGGUUACGAUAUACCCAUUCAUGAAGACGGAGAGUAUGUUAUGAUCCUGAAGUUUUGCGAAGUAUAUUUUAAUGCACCAAACAUGAAGGUGUUCGAUGUUGUUCUAAAUGGGGAUCUCACAAUAGUUCCAGACUUAGAUAUUUUUGAUAGAGUUGGAAGAGGAGUUGCUCAUGAUGAAUACAUACCAUUCAGUGUUGUAAAAGGGAAACUUUACUAUAAUGAAGAAGAGUCUGAUAUACGUGGAGGGAAGAUAAGAGUCGAAUUUAUCAAGGGAUAUCGAGACAACCCUAAAAUAAACGCAAUUUGUGUAGUAAAAGGAAAAUUAGAAAAUGUUCCAAAACUGGCACCACUCCCAAAUGAGCCCGACUCGGAUGACUACCAGGAAGAAACAGAGGAACGACGAGCAUCAAAGAAUCGUAGGCCUAGUGGCCCACGCACUCCAGACCCUUACUCAGUAGAUGAGACUUCUGUUAUGCUCCCUGUUUUUGUGGCCAUUGGUGCAUUCAUCCCUCUUCUUUUCUGUCUGUGUAAGCUGUGAUGGCCUGGGCGGGCAGCGAACCGUCGACAGCGAGAGUGGCGGGAUAGUGACGCGUGGUUGCGCCCGCCACCCUCUGCUAUCGACCGCUGCCCGCUUUGCCAGAGGUCACCGUUGGAUUCUUAAUGCUAUGGUGCACGUCCAGAUGCUACAGAGAGCUCAGCACUUUGUAUUACUUUAUGAAAAGUAUGUAGUGCACCUGCAAAUGUUCAGUAUUGUGAGAGACUGCAUUGUGUAGAGACUAUCACUAAAGCAUCAAAAACGACAGCAGUAUUAUAGAUAUGCACUGCAUGGAUUUGUGUGUGUCUCUACAAGUUUUCAUCGGGAGACUAAUUCUGUGCUGCCUAGCAUUCAGAUCAGUGAAGAAUUAGCAGGCUGGUUCAAAUUGUCACUGCAGUUUGAUAACCUAAAAUUUCCUCAUUGCCGUAUAUCAAUAGAAAGAAGGGAUCCACAUAUUCCAACCAUUGAUUUGGCAAUUCUGAAUGUGUAUUGAUAUAAUGUGGGUUUAACUGAUAAAUUUACGUAUUAUUGUAUCAAUUUGGCCACAACAGAAGACUUAUCAAUUGCAUCAUUAUUACAAGAAUUACCACAGGAUGCAUCCAGGCUACGCCUCAUGAAUAUUGUGUGUUUGGUAUGUGGAACAAUCACAAAAAGGCAGAUUCUAACCAUGUGCUUAUCUCUGUCAAGAACUGAAACUCAGUAUACUCUGUUAAUUUUUGUUUACAUGUUUACAUUCAGAAUUUAUGUGCAGUCUCUCUCUCUCUCUCUCUCUCUCUCUCUCUCUCUCUCUCUCUCUCUCUCUCUCACACACACACACACACACACACACACACACAACACACACACACACACACUUUCACUCUUUCUUUAUCUUUUUUUGUGUGUAUAAGAUGGGAUUGUGUGUUCAUUUUGAGGGUUGGGGGGAAGUACAGUGAUUUAUGCUGUGUUCCGAACUUUUAUUGUAUUUGUAAAAUAAUUCUGAAACAUAAUUUCAGUUUUAUGAAGUCUAAAGUGUCUAUUGACACCAGAGUAAGUCAGGGUGGACUUUUGAAGAAAAAAAAUGAAAGAAGAACACACAUUUGUAAUUUGACUAUUUUCCAUCUGCUGUCUUUUGCUCCAUGACACAGAGAGAAAUUUCUGUUCCAUUUACCUUUUCUUCUAGGAAACUGUCCAUUUAUGUCAAUGCCAGGUAAUCUUAACUUUAGCAGGUGAGCAGUCUUUAUAAAUCUUUUACAAGUGAUUAUUUCAGUUCCAAUGAAAUAUUAGAACAAUAUGUAUGUUCCUCAUUGAACUCUGUUUAUGUGUCUGGAUGACUCUAUUAUGAAUGUAACGGGUAAUCCAGUUAAACUUUUAGAUUUUGUAUUAUGAAUUACAAAAGUAAUUCAUGGUUAGUGGUGCUAGAAAUUUCAGGAUUGAUUGACAGUUUGUUGGUCUUUUUUCCAUAAUAAAUGUUGAUAGGGUGGAGCCAUUUCCAGCUAAAUGGCUAUAGUUUAGUUUAGAUAUGAUAAGAGAACACAGCAUUUCAUGAACAGUUCAUGCCUCAAUGGCAACAGAAUACAAACUCUUCAUAUUGUUAACUGUAAACUGUACUUUUGUGCCACUGAAAACUAUUACUUUGUUAAUUAUAUACAUUUUAGGCAGACAUCUCUCCAAGAAUGACAAAUCUUAUGUUCUUAGAACAAGACAGUAACACACCACAAUAUUUUUGCUAUCUCAGUGCACUUUAUCCUCAAAGAGUGUUGCUUUAUCCAAAAGGGAUUAAAUUAAAUAAAAGGAAUGGGUGAUGGAACACUUGAUGAUUAAAUUUCAGACUUAAUUUGUAAUCCUCCUUUAUGGGCCGAUGAUAAAUACAUUGAUUCCCAAACCUGCUUGAUAUCAUUCGCCGUUAGCAUAAUAUUCUUUAAUGCUUGUUUUUCAUACACACAGCGUACUAAAAAUAAGAAUCCAGUGUCUGUCUGAGAAUUCUUCUCCUGCAUUGUCUCCAUUUCUUUAACUCAUACUGCACUUAAUGAUUAAAUUUCAGACUUAAUUUGUAAUCCUCCUUUAUGUAUUUAUGCUCUUUCAUGAUGAGCUAUGUCUGUUGGGCUUCUGGUGUGUUGUUCAUCUCAUUUUGUCUAUGUGUUUUAAUGUUAUGUUGCAAUUACUUCACCAUUUCCCUACACAAAUCAUUUUAUGUUGUUUCAGUUUUAAAUUUGCUUGCCAUGCUCUCUCUCUGCCAUUAAUGUUCCAUCACCAGUAAAUAAGUUACACUUCAUUUUCUCAUGCAGUUUAGUGGAACACAGCUAUUUCUGGCUAUAUUUCAUGAUACACAAUAAAUUCCCUUUAAUUUGUGUGUUGGACAUUUGCAAUUGCUUCUUUGAUACUUAUUUUUCUACAUACUUAAACUGCUUUGCCCGUGUUGACCAACCUUCUCCCCCCCCCCUUUUUUUAUUUUCAGCCCUAAUAUUCAAUUGUUGUUGUUAUCUUACCUAACACACCACAUUUAAUUUUAAGAAUGUUUGCAGUAAUAGAGUUGAUUUGAAACAUUUCACAAAUAGUGUGAAACAUGCACUAGAAAUCUAUAAGGGGCAUUAGUUACCGAUAAAGUUACUAAGUACAUUACCUACCUUUGAGUACAAACUUUCACAAGUUUAAAAGUGAACUACACUAUGUCAGUGCAGAAACACAAAACAUCUUUGAAAACAUUCAGAUAUUUGCUAUCGUAUUAGCAGGCUGUAUCACAAUUGCAGUGUGUGCGUGUGAAAAGACAGGCACCCAGAAUUGUUAUUCAGUUUGGGUUAUUCUGAAAGUAAAUGUACAAGGGCUCUCACGGGACUAUGUCCUGGUUCACUCUGGUACUAUUGGACAAUCAUCAUGCUUAUUCACAUGUUUAUUUAACAUAUACCAAAGCAUACAUGUGCAUUAUUUUUCUGCUUUCUCAUAUACAAAAAGAAUGUUAACUGUCUUUAACUCUCACACCUCGUGAUCUUAAAGCUGAGGAAUCUAGUAAAAUAACAAAGUGUGGGCCAAGUGAAUCCUACUAGUCAUAAUUAAUUGAGAUGAUGACUUCUAACAUUAUUAUUUUGAAAUAAAUAUGCCAAAUAAUAAUUGACCGUAAUUGGUGUAGUCAACUGGGUACAGAAUCACUUUCAUUUUGCAUCAGUUUGAAGGAUAGAAAGUUAUAUACUUAUGCAGAACAAUGUAAGAGUUUAAUUUUACCUCACCCUUUGAUGCCAUCUGAACAUGCUAAUUCAGUUUUUACAGUUUAAUCAGCCAUGUCAGUAUUUGAAAGAAUCAUGCAUUUUCUGUUUAAUGUGUAGAAGUUGUAAAAAUGUUUUGAUAAAUUUCUCCAAUUUCUAGCUGAAAAUUUCAAAAGUAUCACAUGGACCGAUCAUGUUAUCGUGGUGUGUAAUGAGCAAGCAAGGCCUGUACAGUAUGGUCUUUAUGAUCACUAUGACUCCUUGUAAUAUAUCAUUUUAUUGAACUGCGUUUGUGGAUGAUACGAACAGUGAACCAAUAGGUAUGGUGACUUUUAGUGUCAUUUAACACAUUUUACAUUAUUAUUUGCACUGUUUCAGAAUUAUUGUAAGGUUGAUAUACUCCACUAAUGUAGUUGAAAAGGGAGGAACACAAUAUUCAUAAGCAUAGGUUAGCUUGCUGAAUAAUUUCAAAUUUGUUUAAAACUGAAAAUUAUUUAAUAUACUGGCCAUGCACUUUUACUUCUGUCUCUUGUAGACUAAUAAUGCAGGUUGCCGCGCUGAAAUAAAAUGAUAUUCCCUAUGUUUGUUAAAAAUGUGGUGGUUGGUGAUGUGAUAAAGAACAUUUUAUGAACAACUAUAAUGUAUUGCUGCAUCAGCUGUUGUGUGUUGUACAUAUGAUUGUAACAAAUAUUUUUCAUUGAUGAAUGGGAAAUGUUAAAACAUAAUGUUGUCUCAUUUUUAUUAUUGAAGACAGUGUCACUAAAGUUUUUGGGUGGUGUCUGUUCAGAAUGUGCAAAAUUUGUGUGAAGAUGCAUGAAUCAGUUUGGAGAUGAACAGUUACUAUAUCAGUGACUUUUUGUGGGAAUGUUUCGCCUCUCUAUUUCAAAUAAUGAAUUACAUAAGUUUUCCUCUUGA